GAAUCUGUCAGAUGAGCCAAUCCAAGACAGGCGCUCUUAUUGACCACCUCUUGUACUUUUAACACUAGCAGCGAUUUUGUGUUCCGGUUGCGAUAUCUUGUGAUCCUCAUCUUCAUUUGUUCACUUGCCAUUUUCGUUUCAUUUGUUUCUUGCUGUUGGAGCUCUCAACCCAUGGCUGCUGAGAAUCAUGAAACGUCCAAUGGUUGGCCACUUGGGCUACAGAUAAUGAAUAUGAGGCUUGGGUUACAACAAAGGUUACAGGCUGCGGCUCCAGCUGUGGAACCAUACUUUUUGCACAUUCCCUCUAGCAGUUUUUCCUCAUUCUCCUCUUCCAACCUUGACACCGAGUCCUCAGCAUCAUUUUUCCAAGAUAACAGCGUAUCCCUGGGGAAGCUAAUUGGAUAUGGACCAGGUGAAAGAGAAUCGUUGUAUUUACAGAACUCAAUCCAUACUGAUCAAAGCUGUAGGCUACCUGUAAGAGGUGCCUGCAACUGCAAGAAUAAAGGACGCAGUGCAGAUGCGUCUCACUCUCAGGGGAUUUGUAUUCCUCUCCUACUUGGAGCUCUACUAAAGAUUACCGGAAACAAGAUCAAGUCAAGGCGAUUGGAAUGAAUUCCAUUCCUCUUCUACCAAAUUCUUUUCUCCUGUGUUUCAUAAGUUAGUCAUUAAUACUGCCGUUAACCGUCCAACAGCACUAUCCAAUUAACAUAGGAGUUUGAGAAACUGGAAACUCGAAUGUUAUUUUCAUUUUAAGAUGAUCAAGUUCGACAUUGAUUUCAGGCAAAUGAUUCAAAAACAAAAGGCUAGCUAUGUUCUUGCUUAGCACAAAUGUUUGCGUUUUGCCUUUUGUUCCAGAAAGCAAUGGCUUCCUCAAAUCACCACACAAUCCAAGUAAAACCAGAAUGCCAAAGGUUCAAAUGAAUACCAUUAAGCUCGACAUCACUUGGAAGCAAAUAUUUGAAGAACAAACGAGAUUCAAUAAAGCAUUUAAAGCAACGAACAACUCGAUUUAGAAAGAUCUUACUAUCAACACUUAAAUUUCCAGAUGCAAUUUGUUCACUAGAAAGCAGUCUUGUACAUAUUCCACUAGUACUUAACCUAGACCAUUAGAUGUUAAAAAGUAUGAUGCAGAAGACCAACCAUCAGCAAGAUUUGUAUACCAAACCCAACACGUUCACAAUGAAAAUUGUACCAUAAUAGCAUCUCGCCAACAUUAUGAAGAGUAAACCAGAAUCAUCGGGCCAAUCCAUAAGAACUCUUUCGGUAUCCAGCAGCUUAGGUCUCAGCAAUCUCGUCAUUUUCAAGCACACUAACCAACUCAUACUCGACAAGAGAUAGAUUG